UGUUUGGAUAUAAAAGGAGGAGACGAGGCCUGAAGACGUCAGACUUCCAUCCCAGCAGAAGAACAACAUGAACACUCUGGUGACCGUCGGGCUCCUCGUCUGCUUCCUGGCUCUCAUCUCUGCCGGUCCACUGGGCCUCCAGGAGCUAAUGAAGGACGGGUGCUGUCCAAACCACUGCCAGAAUUUAAUUCCUAAGAACAGAGUGAGGCGCGUGGCCAUGACGGACCAAGGCUGCCAGCCUAGAGCCAUCAUAGUGACGACUUUGAAGAACAAGAAGUUCUGUCUCGACCCCGACUGGAAAUGGGCCAAAGAGCUGCUGGAGCAGUUUCAGAAGUUCCCCGAGUCCUCCAAGUCCUCAGAGUCCUCCAAGUCCUCCAAGUCCUCUAAAUCAUGAGAAAUGUUUAGGAAAUGUUUUUUACCACCCUUGUUUAUCUUGCUGUAGAAUCUAAGAGAGACACCAGUUUCCUCUGAAAACACUCCUGUCCAUGGAAGUUACACUUU